CCUCACGGCAUACUAUCCUUCUUUUAUCUGAAACAGUCUCUAAUUUUCUCAUCCUACAGCUUCCAAAAUGGCAGCAAUGGCUGCAGCAUCAACAAACACCUCAUUAUUUUCAGCAACUCGUUCUGCUUCUAAUAGUAAUGCAACUCCCACUGUUUCAAAUGUAUAUGCUACAAGUUUUAUGGGAGCUCACUUGAGAAGAUGUUAUCCAGCAACGAGGAAACUAGUACGGAUUAAUGGGGGAAUAGUUGCCGCUGCUGUUGCAACUUCCCCUGCAGAGGAAGUCAAAGAAUACUCACUUCCGACAUGGGCUAAAUUUGACCUUGGAAGAGCACCAGUCUAUUGGAAAACAAUGAAUGGUCUUCCUCCUACCGCGGGAGAGAGACUGAAGCUUUUCUAUAAUCCAGCUGCAAACAACAUGGUCCCUAAUGAAGAUUUUGGAAUUGCUUUUAAUGGAGGUUUCAAUCAGCCUAUCAUGUGUGGUGGUGAGCCUAGGGCAAUGCUCAUGAAAACUAGAGGGAAAGCAGAUCCUCCUAUUUAUACAAUUCAGAUAUGUAUUCCCAAGCAUGCCCUUAGUUUGAUCUUCUCAUUCACGAAUGGAACCGAAUGGGAUGGUCCCUAUCGACUACAGUUUCAAGUCCCUAAUGCUUGGCGAAAUAAACCAACCGAGUUCUUCACUGAGGGGCUUGCAGGGGAGUUAAGUCAGGAGGGUGCGUGUGACAAGGCAAUUUUCCCGGACACGAAUAUUGUGAUCACAAGAUGUGCUAUGGUUGGUAACUUGUCUGUGGAAGGAGGUGAUCGUUGCGAACUUGAUAUAGUACCUGGAUGCAUUGACCCAAGCUCUCCCUAUUACAAUCCAUUAGCCAAUGUUGAUGAUGGAUCUUGUCCACCAUAUUCAGAUGCUGAGGAUUAACUUUCACUACAUAUGACCGAUGCUUAUACCUUAGUGUUAUCGAUGAGAGUCUUUCACACUAGGGGAUCGUUUGGUAGGAUACAUUACAUAAAAUAAUGCAUACAUUAGCUUUGUGUAUGAGUUCGCCUUCCACUAUUUCCCUUACCCUUCACCUUUCCCUGGUUCCUCUGCGUGAUAAAGCAAACAUCUAGACUUAGUAAAGAGAAACACUUUGAGUAAAUAUGAAUCUCCAACACUAUACUGCGGAUACUUGAAAUGUCCAGUUAUACAAGUAGAGCAUUUGUACUGGUAUAUUGUGCAGAACCUUACGGAACUUUGAUAAUUACCUGUUAGCAAUUUGGUAUAUAGCCGAAAAAGCUCUGCUAGA